AUGAAGACCCACCUAAUGAUAUUUGUUCUAAUCCUUGGGACUGAAACAUUGGCAGAUCAGAGCCCAGAGCCAGGCCCUGAGUAUGCAGAUGUGGUGUUUCUGGUAGACAGCUCUGAUCACCUGGGAAGUAAGUCCUUCCCGUUUGUGAAAACGUUUCUCAACAAAAUGCUCAACAGUCUCCCCAUUGAGACUGACAAAUACCGGGUGGCCUUGGCCCAGUACAGCGACAAGCUCCACAGUGAAUUCCAGCUGAGCACCUUCAAGAGCAGGAGCCCCAUGCUGAACCACCUCAAGAAGAACUUUGAGUUCAUUGGCGGGUCCCUGAAGAUCGGAAAUGCUCUCCAGGAGGCUCACAGGACUUACUUCUCUGCGCCCACAAAUGGGAGAGACAAGAAGCAGUUUCCUCCUAUUUUGGUGGUCCUGGCUUCGGCCAAGUCUGAGGAUGACGUGGAAGAGGCUUCAAAGGCCCUGCAGAAAGAUGGAGUGAAAAUCAUCUCCGUGGGGAUGCAGAAAGCAUCAGAGGAAAACCUGAAGGCCAUGGCCACGUCCCAGUUUCAUUUCAACCUUCGGACAGCCAGAGACCUCAGCAUGUUUUCCCGAAACAUGACGCAGAUUAUCAAGGAUGUGACAAAGCACAAGGAAGCAGUGGUUGAUGUUGAUAUACAAGCUCCCUUCCCCAUAACCUGUCAGAAAGAUUCACUUGUUGACCUUGUGUUCCUGGUGGAUGAGGCACUUGAGACCAGACAAAAUUUAAGAAACCUCCAGAGCUUCCUGCAGACUGUCACCAGCUCCAUGGAUGUGAAGGACAACUGCACACGGCUUGGACUGAUGAGUUACAGCGAUAGCGCCAAGACCAUUUCUUUUCUAAAAUCCAGCACAACUCAAUCUGAAUUUCAGCAGCAAAUACAGAAGCUUUCUCUCCGGGCUGGGAAAUCCAAUUUUGGCGCUGCCAUUGAACAGAUGAGAAGAGACAGCUUCUCAGAGUCAAGUGGCAGCAGAAGGACACAAGGGGUGCCUCAGAUCGCAGUCCUAGUCACCCAUAGACCAUCCGAUGAUCAGGUGCGUGAGGCUGCACUGAACCUUCGGCUGGAGGAUACAACUGUGUUUGCUGUUAGCAUCCAAGGGUCUAACAAUACCCAGCUAGAAGAAAUAGUGUCUUAUCCUCCGGGACAGGCAAUUUCCAUGCUGAAUUCCUAUGCAGACUUGGGAAAUUAUAGUCAAAAAUUUCUGAAAAAGGUCCAGAAUGAAAUAUGGUCCCAAAUUUCUACUCAUGCUGAACAAGUGGAACUUGAUAAAACUGGCUGUGUGGAUACAAAGGAGGCUGAUAUUUAUUUCCUCAUUGAUGGUUCAACCAGCAUCCGGAAAGAAGACUUUGAGCAAAUCAAGAAAUUUAUGUUGGCAACAAUAGAAAUGUUUAGCAUUGGCCCAGACAAAGUCCGAGUUGGAGUUAUGCAGUAUUCAGAUGAGAGUAAAGUAGAAUUUAAUAUCACUGACUAUCCUAAUGACAUUGACUUAAGGAAGGCUGUUUCCAACAUCAAGCAAGUAACAGGUGGAACUUAUACUGGGAAAGCUCUGGAUUUCACACUGCCACUAAUACAAGAUGGAAGGAAAGAUAGGACAAGAGAUGUUCCCUGUUACCUCAUUGUGCUGACUGAUGGGAAGUCCAUGGAUGGAGUCCUGGACCCUGCCGAGAGGCUAAGGACUGAGCAAAUCACAAUUCAUGCAGUUGGCAUUGGGCAGGCUGAGAAAACAGAACUGCAACAAAUUGCUGGGAAAGAAGAAAGAAUUCACUUUGGGCAGAACUUUGAUUCUUUAAAAACCAUAAAAAAUGAAGUUGUUCACAGAAUCUGUACCGAAAAAGGGUGUGAAGACAUGAAAGCUGACAUCAUGUUUCUGGUGGACAGUUCCGGGAGUAUAGGACAUGAAAAUUUUGAGAAAAUGAAAACCUUCAUGAAAAACCUGUUAACUGAGAUUCACGUUGGUGCAGACAAAACCCAAAUUGGUGUCGUUCAGUUCAGUGACAAUCCAAAGGAAGAGUUCCAGCUUAAUAAAUACUUUACACAGAAAGAAAUUUCUGAUGCAAUAGAUGGAAUGUCUCUCAUUGGGAGAAACACUUUGACCGGACAUGCGCUUACCUUUAUAGCUCAAUAUUUCACCCACCCCAAGGGAGCCCGUUUGGGGGUCAAAAAGUUUCUCAUCCUCCUCACGGAUGGAGAAGCACAGGAUGAUGUGAGAGAUCCUGCCAAAGGUCUUCGGGACAAAGGUGUGACCAUCUUCUCUGUGGGGGUAUACGGUGCCAAUAGAACUCAGCUAGAAGAGAUCAGUGGGGAUGGCAGCCUGGUUUUUCAUGUUGAGAAAUUUGAUGAUCUCAAGGAGAUAGAAAGUAAGCUCAUCUUCCGCGUGUGCGCUCUCCAUGAUUGUAAAAGGAUUAAGCUGUUAGACGUCGUGUUUGUGUUGGAUCAUUCAGGCAGUGUAGAAUUCCAGCAGGAGCACAUGAUCAACCUAACUAUCCAUUUGGUGAAGAAAGCAGAAGUUGGCCGUGACCGAGUUCAGUUUGGAGCUCUCAAAUAUGCUGAACACCCAGAAGUCCUUUUCUACCUGAACACAUACACAAACAGAUCAGCAAUCAUCGAGAAUCUGAGGAGGCGCAGGGAUGUUGGAGGGAGAACCUACACGGCCAAGGCUCUGGAGCAUGCAGACAUCCUGUUCAGAGAGGAACAUGGUAGUCGCAUAAAUCAAAACGUGAAGCAGAUGCUGAUCGUCAUCACUGACGGGGAAUCUCAUGAUCGAAGUCUGCUCAAUGACACAGCCUUGAAGUUGAGAAACAAAGGCAUCACCAUCUUUGCAGUGGGUGUGGGAGAGGCCAACCAAAAGGAACUUGAGGCUAUGGCAGGGAAUAAAGACAACACUGUCCAUGUAGAUAAUUUCAACAAACUGAAGGAUGUCUACAUGCCUAUACAGGAAAGCAUGUGUACCAACGCACAAGAGGUCUGUAACCUUCAGGAAGCUGACGUGAUUUUCCUUUGUGAUGGCUCUGACAAGGUAUCUAAUUCAGAGUUUGUUACCAUGACAACGUUCCUGUCAGACUUAAUUGAUAAUUUUGACAUUCAGUCUCAAAGAAUGAAAAUCGGUAUGGCUAAAUUUGGAAAUGACUACCAGAAAAUUAUAGAGUUGAAAAACUCUCUUACUACAACUCAGUGGAAGACUCAAAUUCAAACUGUCUCCAAGAGCAGUGGGCGUCCAAGAAUCGACUUUGCCCUCAAACGCGUGAGCAAUAUGUUUAAUCCAUCUGCUGGUGGGAGAAGAAAUGCUGGUGUCCCUCAGACAUUGGUUGUUAUCACAUCGACAGACCCCUACUAUAAUGUGGCAGAUGCAGUAAAAACCUUGAAGGACCUUGGAAUUUGCAUCCUGGUUUUGGGCAUAGGAGAUGUUCAUAAGGAACAGCUUCUGCCGAUCACAGGCAAUUCUGAAAAAAUCAUUACUUUUCAAGAAUUUAAUAAAUUAAAGGAUAUAGAUGUGAAAAAAAGGAUGGUCCGUGAAAUCUGCCAGACCUGUGGGAAAACCAAUUGCUUUGUGGACGUAGUGGUCGGGUUUGACAUUUCUACUCACCUGCAGGGGCAGCCUUUGUUCCAGGGCCAUCCCCUGCUGGAAACCUACCUCCCAGGCAUCUUAGAGGACAUCUCCUCCAUCAGGGGGGUGAGCUGUGGGGCAGGUGCAGAGACGCAGGUGAGCUUGGCCUUCAAGGUGAACAAUGACCAAGAAUUUCCUGCCAAGUUCCAAAUCUACCAGAAAGUAGUGUUUGACAGCUUGCUGCAAGUCAAAGUCAGCGGGCCAACUCAUCUGAAUGCACAGUUCUUACAGUCUCUGUGGGACACAUUUGAGGAUAAAUCAGCAUCCCGGGCUCAGGUGCUGCUUGUCUUUUCUGAUGGUCUCCAGAGUGAAAGUAACAUAAUGCUUGAAGAUCAAUCGGACAGGCUCAGAGAAGCAGGACUUGAUGCUCUGCUGGUGGUUUCUCUUAACACCACUGCUCACCAGGAGUUUUCCAGCUUUGAAUUUGGAAAAGGAUUUGAUUACAGGACUCACCUGACCAUUGGAAUGAGAGAACUGGGCAAAACACUAUCACAGUACUUGGGAAAUAUUGCAGAGAAGACUUGCUGCUGUACAUUUUGCAAGUGUCCAGGGGUUCCAGGAAAUCAGGGGACCCAAGGAAUACAAGCCAUGAAGGGUUCCUCAGGUCUGAAGGGCAGCAGAGGACAUAGGGGAGAAGAUGGAGACCCUGGAAGACGAGGAGAAAUAGGACCCCAAGGAGAUAAAGGGAUUGCAGGAUGUGUGGGAGAGCGGGGUCAGAAGGGAGCCAAAGGAUUUUCUGGACAUAAGGGGGAACAAGGAGUUGAUGGCAUCGAUGGACUCGAUGGGGAAGAGGGCUUUCAUGGAUUUCCUGGAACAAAAGGAGAAAAAGGUGAUCCCGGGUCUCAGGGCAGCCCAGGAUCAAGAGGCCCCCCUGGGGGAUAUGGCGAGAAGGGUUUCCCAGGAGAUCCAGGAAAUCCAGGACAAAACAAUAACAUCAAAGGACAAAAGGGCUCCAAAGGAGAACAAGGAAGACAGGGUAGAACAGGACAGAAAGGAGCACAAGGCAGCCCUAGUUCCAGAGGAAGCAGGGGAAGAGAAGGCCGAAGAGGAGUUCAAGGGGCCCCAGGAGAACCAGGAAAUCCUGGGCCUCAGGGUGCACUGGGAGCUGAAGGAUUGCAAGGCCCACAGGGCUUAAGUGGAAAUCCUGGCAGCAAAGGAGAAGAAGGAAGACAGGGGCACAAAGGACCGCAGGGUUCUCCUGGGCUAGUGGGAACUAAAGGGAGCAUCGGAAAACCUGGAGCAUUGGGCAGAAAAGGAGAACCAGGAAUUCUUGGAGAUCCAGGGCCAGUAGGGCAAGAUGGACCGCGAGGAAAACAGGGAGACGCUGGCAUCCCAGGCUAUGGUCAUGUGGGACGGAAAGGAGUAAAGGGCCCAAGAGGAUUCCCAGGAGAUAUGGGGCAGAAGGGUGAGGUUGGUGAUCCUGGAAUUCCUGGGGCCCCAGGACCCAAAGGAUUUAGGGGACUAACUCUCACUGUAGGCUUGAAAGGUGAAGAGGGAUCUCGAGGACACCAAGGCCCUCCUGGACGGAGAGGCAUUAAAGGCGUGCCAGGGCAGCCUGUGUAUUCUCAAUGUGAUCUGAUCCAGUUCAUGCGGAAACAUAGUCCUUGUUGGAGAGAGAAGUGUCCGACGUAUCCAACAGAGCUGGUGUUUGCCCUGGACCAGUCCUCUGAUAUCACAGAACAGAGAUUUAAUAAAACAAGGGACAUUAUCAAUUCCAUUAUCAAUGACCUUGACAUCAGAGAAAGUAACUGUCCUAUGGGAGCAAGAGUUGCUGUGGUUUCCUAUGACUCGGGCACCAGCUAUCUCAUCCGUUGGUCCGACUACCACAGGAAGAAACAGCUCCUCCAGCUGGUUUCCCAAAUAAAAUAUCAAAGGAGCACGGAGGCCCGAGACAUUGGAAGUGCAAUGAGGUUCAUGGCCCGCAACGUUUUCAAGCGGACAUAUGCAGGGGGCAACAUGAGGAGGGUUGCUGUGUUUUUUAGCAAUGGCCAAACAGCCAGUAGAUCCUCUGUCCUCACAGGCACCAUGGAGUUCAGUGCCCUGGAUAUCAGUCCAGCAGUCCUUGCUUUCAAUGAAAGAGUUUUCCUCGAGGAUGCUUUUGGAUUUGACAACACUGGGACAUUUCAGGUGAUUCCAGUUCCUUCAAAUGGGGCAGAUGAAACAAUAGAAAGACUUCGUCUCUGUACACUUUGCUAUGAUAAAUGUUUUCCAAAUACUUGCACUCAAGAGAUUUUCAUACCUGAAAAUUCAUACAUGGAUGUAGCCUUCCUCCUGGACAAUUCUCGGAAUAUAGUUAAUGAUGAGUUUAAGGCUGUGAAAGCCUUGGUGAGCUCAGUGAUUGAUGACUUCGACAUCGCUUCAGACCCUUUAAUCUCAGGUUCUGGUGAUAGGAUUGCCUUGUUGAGCUAUUCUCCUUGGGAUGGCUCUAGGAGAACACAAGGUACAAUCAAAACAGAGUUUGAGUUUACAACUUAUAGUGACAAAGUCCUAAUGAAGAGACACAUCCAGAAUUCCCUACAACAGCUAAAUGGAGAAGCCACAAUUGGUCAUGCCCUACUGUGGACUAUGAAAAAUCUCUUCCCAGGAACCCCCCACCUAAGAAAGCACAAGGUCAUUUUUGUGAUCUCAGCUGGAGAAAACCAUGAGAGAAGGGAAUUCUUAGAGAAGAUGGCUCUGAGGGCCAAGUGUCAAGGUUAUGUCAUCUUUGUGAUUUCACUGGGCUCUGCACGUAAGGAUGAUGUGGAGGAGUUAGCCAGCCACCCAGUUGAUCACCAUGUGAUACAGCUUGGGAGAAUACAUAAACCAGAUCUGGAUUAUAUUGUAAAGUUCUUAAAACCAUUUAUAUACACAGUCAGACGAGGAUUCAAUCAGUACCCACCACCAAUGCUUGAGAAUGCCUGUAGACUCAUUACUUCAGAUGGAGAAGAUAAUCAAAAUGGCGGCCUCCAAUUUACUGUGGAAACAUUUGAAGUUUCUUCAGGAGAGAAUGAGAACGACUUCAUUGGCCGGGAACUAAAUGCUGGGAGAGACACAUCUAUUAUGUUAGAGGACCCUGGAAGUGGCCACUUGCUUUACCUGCAAAACCAUAUGUCUGGGCCACAGAAAUUAGUGAACAAUUAUGAAAAUCAUCAGAAAUCUGUAGACAUUGCAAGUCUCACUUCUGGACAUGAAAAUCAUGGCAGAAAAGAAGAACCAGGGCUUACUGAUGAACCUAGAAAUGCCUCUCUUCAAGAAUAUUACAUAGAUGUGGCUUUCCUCAUAGAUGCUUCCCAAAGAGUAGGAAGUGAUGAGUUUAAGGAAGUAAAAGCUUUUGUAACCUCAGUGCUUGAUUACUUUCAUAUAGCUCCAGAUCCACUGACCUCCACCUUGGGAGACAGAGUUGCUGUCCUGAGCUACUCUCCCCCAGGCUAUAUGCCCAACACUGAAAAAUGCCCUGUCUACCUGGAAUUUGAUUUGGUUACCUACAACAGUGUAUACCAAAUGAAACAUCAUCUCCAAGACUCUUUUCAACAACUCAAUGGAGAUGUUUUUAUUGGCCAUGCCUUGCAGUGGACAAUUGACAAUGUCUUUGUAGGAACCCCCAAUCUGAGAAAAAACAAAGUUAUCUUUGUAAUAACUGCUGGUGAAACAAGCCCUUUAGACAAGGAAGUCUUAAGAAAUGUAUCUCUGAGAGCUAAAUGUCAAGGCUACUCCAUAUUUGUGUUUUCCUUUGGUCCUACACAAAAUGACAAGGAAUUAGAAGCAUUAGCUAGCCACCCCCUGGAUCAUCAUUUAGUCCAGCUUGGCCGCAUCCACAAACCAGAUUGGGAUUAUAUCAUCAAGUUUGUCAAGCCAUUUGUUCACUUAAUCAGACGUGCUAUCAACAAAUAUCCUACCAAAGAUCUGAGAGCUACAUGUGUUAACAUCACCUCACCCAGCCCAGGGAACACUGGCACAGAAAACACUGUAUCGCUUAUUCCUGAGGUGUAUAAAAUAGAAACAAAAAACAGUGAGCUAUUUGAUGAAACUGAUUCCCAGGAACAAUAUUUAUUAGUAUUAGGAAACAAUCAUGGUGAUGGUUCUGGGACCGUUACUGAUUUGAUCCAGAAGUUAUACACGCUUUUUUCAACUGAGGAACUGAUGAUGAAUGACAAGGAAGAGGCACAUUCAGAAGAAAUUAUGGUUCCACUGAAUGAUAAACAACAAGAAAGAAAAGAUGGUAAAGACAAAAGAUGAUCACAGCAGAAAAGAGGAUCGUUCCAUUGGCAU